GUCAUGUUAUCUGUCAUUCAUCAAAUUUAGACUGUCAAAAAACAAAACAAAUCACAAACAGCAAAAAAAUUGCCAGUUUUUCGGAAAACUACAAUGAAAUAAGUGAAAAACUUACACUAAUUUACAUAAACAGCGGCUGCUUGUUAAAAUAUGAAAAUGGAUACAUCAAAACGUUCAGCGUCACCCACUGCUACAAAACUGAAACGUAAAAGAAAGUCCAAAACCAAAUUCACCACUUCGGAACAGAAAAACAUUAAACUGGACACUACGGAAACCAUAGCUACUAUAAAUCCAUUAAAACCUUCGAAAACUGGACCGAAACCAAAACCGGUGGAAGAAACCAAUGAUAAUGAUAAUGAAAAGUAUCCGAUAUUAAAUAACAAGGAACUGAUAGAUAGAUUCCUUAAAGUACAGAUGACUAAUAAUCAGAAAGGUAGAAUCCGUCAAGCCAUAAGAGAAUCACUGCAAGGUACGUCCAAUGUGGUCGUACCAGAAAUAAUUCACAACAAAAUCCAAUCAAUUCUCAAGGGAUCCCCCAAUCUUACCGAUUCAGAACUGAGACGUAUACGUAUAUUAUACAAUCUUCUUAAAACUGCAUUGAAAGAAAAAUCCUUGGCCGCUCCGAAAGCUAAGCCGGAAAAGGUAAAAAAAAAUGUUGAAGAAGACACAAAGGCUAAAAAGAUUGAAGAUAAAGAAAAAGAUAGCGUGAAGAAAGAGAAGACGGAGAAAAGAGAGCAGUUGGUUAAGAAAACUAAGGGUCCAAAGAGAUAUGUUGUGUUUUUAGGGAACUUGCCCCUUGAUGUGGAUAAGGAAAAGAUAAUAAACCACUUCUCGGAGAUGAAUGAACACAUCAUAGACAUUCGCAUUCCCAAAGCAUUGGAAGGCAAGAAGAAUGCCAUCGCUUAUUUGGAGCUUAGCAAUGAACCUAGCUAUGAGUUUGCAUUAUCGAAGCACCAUUCAAUGCUGGGCAAUAAGCGAAUAAAUGUAUUGUACACGGCACCGAAAAAAGGAAAAGUAACAAAAGCAGGUGCUAAGAGCAAAUCAGCCAAACUGAUAGCCCUACAAAAGAAAGGCAAAUUAGUAGGCAGCAUACCUUUAGCGAAAAAACGCAGCCAACGCCGACUCAAAAUGAAGCAAGCUCAAGCUAAAUUAGCGGCAGAAAACGCUUAAAAUUUAAUAAAAAAUAUCAACAUUGUAAAUUCGUAAUAUAGUACUGUUAUAACGAAAAUAUGAAGAUUAAUAAUUAUCUAAGAAACGCUAUUAUUACUUGUUUCUCCGUAUCUGUAUUGCGCAUGGCUCGAUUGAUUAUCGAAAAUAAGAAAGAAAAACGCCCUCGGAAUAAAGCAGCUCGCAAAACGAGUUAAAGGUUUUUUUUUUCUUUUAAAAGUAUUAAAAAAAUGCGGAAAUUUUACAGUUUCGUGUUAAGAGUACUGUAAUACGAAUGAAAAUGUUUUUAUUUUUUGAAUAAGCUUUAAAAAAUGGUAAAAUAUUUUAACGUGUGCAACGCAUACUUAAAUACAAUAAACCUGAAAACACAA